AUGAAGACUUCUGUCGGCGCCCUCCUCUCCCUCGCCCUUCUCGGCGAGGCCUGCCUCCUCCCCUACGAGGCAGCCGGCCGCAAGAUCACCCGUCGCCAGAUCAACAACAACACCGGCGUAGCCAUCGGAACUGGCGACCGCUUCGACGGCGGCAACAAGGUUCCCCGCGGACUUGGCACGCAGCCCGCCGGCACCGACCUCGCGACUCUCCUGAACGUCAACGAGAUCAAGAGCGCCGUCCGCGGACUGGUCAACGAGUACGACAUCGAGUACUUCGAGGCGCCCUUCAAGACGUACCAGAAUGCCACCAUCUUCGGCGCAAAGGUCGGCGGCGCGGGCAACUGCACCGAUGCGUACCGCGUGUACUUCAACGCUGCGAUUCACGCCCGCGAGCGCGGUGCUUCGGAUAACAUCAUCUACUUCAUCUCCGACCUGUUGUACGCCAACAAGCACGGCGAGGGGCUGACGUACGGAGGCCGGACGUACUCCAACUGCGACGUCCAGCGUGCGCUCGCGACUGGCAUCGUCUUCACGCCGCUGAGCAACCCCGACGGUGUGGCGUAUGACCAGGCCACCGGCAGCUGCUGGCGCAAGAACCGCAACCCGGCGGCGUCGGGAGGAGACCCCGAAGCGGUGGGCAUCGACCUCAACCGCAACUUCGAUUUCCUGUUCGACUUCCUCGAGGACUUCGCGCCCACUGUCGGACCGAACGUCGCGUCGGAGAACCCUGCAGACGAGACCUACCACGGCGCGGCGCCGUUCUCCGAGCCCGAGACGCAGAGCAUCAAGUGGGUGAUGGACGAGCACAAGCAGGUGCAGUGGUUCAUGGACAUCCACUCGUACACCGGCACGGUGUUGUACAACUGGGGCAGCGACGAGAACCAGCUGCGGAAGCCGUACAUGAACUUCAUGAACGAGAGCUACGACGUCGUGAGGGGCUUGAUGCCGGAUACGCCCUCCGACGGCGGGUUCUACGGCGAGUAUGUGCCGAUGAAGGACUGGUCUGACAAGGUGUUUGCGGCGAUGAGGAUGGGCAACGCCAUGGAUGCGGCUGUGGGAAGGCAUCAUGAGGUGCAGCAGAGCGCGUACCUGCACCCCACGUCUGGUGCUAGCGACGACUAUGCUUUCUCGAGACACUUCUCAGAUCCCAGCCUGAGCAAGAUUCAUGGGUUUACCGUUGAGUUCGGAUUCGGGAAUGAGGAGGUUGACUGCCCGUUCUACCCGACAGCCCAGCAGUAUCACGACAACAUGCUCGAGACGAAUGCGGGCUUCAUGGAGUAUCUGCUCGCAGCGUCAGAGAUUGGCAUUGGUGAGCCAGCCACCUGUGCUUGA